AUGCCGGUGACGUUUCAACUCGUUGGAACCUCGAACCUCAACGCGAGCUCUAUGAUACCUCAUGCUUACGCUGAGGGCAGAGAGCCAGGAGCGAGACGGAAGAAGUUUGCGGGCUACCUGAAAGCCGCGAACGACCUUCGACAGACUUAUUUUAGCCAGGAUGGCGCUCGAGAGAGCCAUCACGCAGAAGAUGGAUCUGGAGCCUUCCCGGAUGCUGCUGUGGUGCGGAGUGGUAAUGAAGAGAUGAUCCUGUUUCCUAGCUAUGCGAGACGGCAUGUCAAGAGCAAGCGCCCAGCGGCUGCGACUCCAGGCCGAGAAGUGACUGAAGAGGAGUAUUGGCGUAGGGAGUGGGACAAACACGAGGACAUCAAUGCCAUUGUCGACGUCGAUGUGCGAGGCUGGAUAUACACUCCUCCCAAAGGCGCACAUACGCGCAAGCAGCGUAUGCUGAUUGGCUUGGCGAGGCAGCUUUCUGGAAUUCCUGCGCCGCCUCCAAAUCGACCUGGAGAGUCAGAUCCUUCGAGUGUAGUACCGAGCCGCUCAUCGAGCCCCACGCGACAGCAGGACGAAGACCUCAUCAACCUGGAAGCGGAGAACAUAGUGCGAAGAGGAGAGCAGGAAGAGCAUUCGGAUGCUGGCGCUACGGUCGACCCCGUCCGAAAGAGAUCCUCAUGGCAACCUCGUGAGAAGAUGACUUCCUCCGAGCUCGCCACAGCGAACAUGCAUCUUUUGGCACGGCUGAAGCCAUUCAUGGCCAAUCCCUUGGCAAACACACCAAUCAGCGCCUUCUUCUACAACGAAUCCGCUUCGAGACAGCAGACAGUAUACACCGAUGCUUCAGGCCAUUUCACCCUUCGUGCAGCUUUGGACUUCGUGCCUACGCAUGUCCGCGUAUUGGCUGGAGAGAAGCUCUCAGCUACCGAGGAAGUCAUUGUGACCUCGCCUCAUGGCGUGAGUCUCAUAAGCGACAUUGAUGAUACCAUCAAGCACUCGGCAAUAAGUGCCGGUGUUCGGGAGAUUUUCCGCAAUGCUUUCAUUCGAGAACUGGGUGACCUCACAAUCGAGGGCGUGCGAGAGUGGUAUACAACACUGCAUGAUAUGGGCGUCAAGAUACACUAUGUAUCGAACUCCCCCUGGCAGAUGUACCCAGCUCUUACCAGCUUUUUCAAGCUGGCAAAUUUACCGAAAGGAUCUUUCCACCUCAAGCAGUAUUCUGGUGGCAUGUUGCAGGGUAUCUUCGAACCUGUUGCUGAACGCAAGAGGUCAUCACUAGACAAGAUCAUGCGUGACUUCCCUGACCGCAAGUUCGUCCUUGUCGGCGACAGUGGAGAAGCUGAUCUUGAGGUGUAUACCGAGACAGCAUUGGCGAAUCCAGGGCGUGUUCUCGGUAUCUUCAUUCGGGAUGUAACUACAUCGCCCAAAACUGGCUACUUCGACUCGAACACCAGCCCUGGAGGAAGUGGGCAGCAUUCGAGAAAUCAUUCUCGUCAUCAGAGUGGCGACAGCCUUGGGAUGUCUAAGCGAUUGUCUAGGCCGGCUGAUCUGGACGAUGACGCAGAAAUGAGAGCUGCGAUCGCAGCUUCGCUUGAAGAUAUGGAGAAAGAGGCGCAACGUGCAAGAAAGUCUAUCAACCCCGACGCAUACCAAUUGGAGACCACACUAUACGGCGAAAGGACCUCAAGCUUGCCCAACAAGCCACGCUCUCCGCAGCGACUAGACCCACAUUCUCAUUCGCAACAGUCGUUCAGCGGACGUGACAUCACAGCAUCUCCAGAAGAAGACUUGAUCGACUUCUCUGACCCAGCACCCUCAAAGCCCUGGCUUGAACCGUCGCGGCGUCGGCAUUCUCCGUCCAAUAAGAGCUUGAACGGUGCAACUCUAGGUCAAAGGCCGUCGCCAUCACCUCCGCCUCCUCCUAAGCCUGCUGGACUCAGGAGUCCUCCUCCAGAUGCUCAAGCAUCAUCCGAAAGUCAGCACAAGACACCGCCACCACGACCUCGAAAACCAUCAAUACGCAAGCAGGCCAACCGCCUGUCUGGCGGCUUCGACGACGAGGGAGCGCCGGGCACACCUGGAGAUGGCAUUAGCAAGAAAGAGUAUAUGUGGCAACAACGAUGGGCCAAAGCGAAAAGCGUGCUAGAGCGUAAUGGCGUCACUCUACGGAGCUGGCGAACUGGCAGUGACGUUGCUGAUGUCUGCGUCCGUCUGGUCGAGAUGGAAUUGAGAAAGAUCGAAAGAGAAUCGAGGAGCCAGCGUGACGAUGGCCGAUGAACGGGGAACGACAUCAAAAUAGUGCAGCACCAGGGCCUUGCCACGACGGCCCAAUUAAGGAAUGGCCAGCUUGUAUAGUCUGAACCUGCAAAGGCAAGAUUGAAAGAUGCUCAUCUGGGCUUAGAAGUGUGGAAGUAGUCGGGUAUUAUUGCACAAUGACCGAUUAGCUCCUACCAUGUGAAACAGGAUCUCUACUUGAUCAGGGAGUCUACAGCAAGCUGGGACGAUUCUUAGGCUGAAUGAUAAUAUGUCGGCAAAAUUACUGUAUCGAGUCUGCCAAGACUUUAUGGCUGUGCACACAGGAUCUACUUCAUACGCACCAGGUCUGGGCUAUGAGUCCGGAUGGACUCACACGUUACUCCACAGCCAAGGAGUGUAGACCGAAGGAAGGCUUGAGUCCCUUCGAGAUCGGUGCGAAGACACGAGUCGUUGACGUUCAAAGGUGUGGGGGCGAAGCCAUGUCCUGAAGAUUCGACCAAGCCAGGGAAGUAGGGAAUUCGAUUCAGCAACGCUGCGAAACCUGGGAAUCUGAACGCUUGUGUGAGUGUGGAGUUGAAGGCAUACAAGGCUGAGGCGAGAGACGCUUGUACGUAUUCGCAUUUGCCGAGCUGUGAGGAGGCUGCGGAGACGAUCAUACACUGCAUACAGACAUCGAAAUUAAUCUGCAUGGCC